AUGAACAGGAAAAAUAAUAUUAUUCUUAUUCCCAAUUUUAGGAUACAUCCCAGAUAUUAUUCCCAUGUAACUAAAGGUUUUAAUGGCACACAUAUUUCAACAUUAGAAAUAUAUUGUAAAAGGGAGAAGAAAAAUAUAUUAUAUUUUCUUAUAAAUUUUUUUAUAUUUACCCUUUCAAUUUGGAUAUUACAAUGUUCUAAUAAUUGGGAUUCUUGUAAAUCAUGGAAUUAUAAAAAUAAAUUAAAUAAUACAUUAAAUUUAGUAGCUAAAAGAUCAUUAGCAGAAAAUGAUUGUGCAAUAAAACAAAAAGAAGGUUCUUCACAGUGCUACAACCAAAAAGAUAUGAUGACAAUAAAUUUAGAACAAAGAAAUGAGCAAAAUGAAAUAGAGCAAAAUAUGAAUGUAGAACCAGAAUGUGAAAUAGAGACAAAAGAGAAAAAUAAAAAGGAAAAAUUUAAUAGGGGAAUCUUGUAUAAAUGCAAAAAUAAUUUAAAACUAGCUUCCUUACUUCUUUCUAUUCUCUUAUCAUUGUCUUCAUUUUCAUCUUAUUUAGUAGGUAUGUUCACUUUUACUGGAAUACAAGAAAUCGAACUUUUUUUAUUUGCUUCAUCUUUUUUAAUAGUUUCAACUAUUUUAAUAUAUGAGAGAAUUGAAAUAAAAUAUAAAAAUAAAUUCUAA